AUGGCUCAUCAUCUUGCCUCAAUUUUUGGAACUGAGCAAGAUCGUGUCAAUUGUUCUUUCUAUUACAAAAUUGGAGCCUGCCGGCAUGGGGAUAGGUGUUCUAGAAAACAUAUAAAGCCGCCAUUUUCUCAGACCAUAUUGCUUCCAAAUGUGUAUCACAAUCCUGCCCACAACCCAAAUGCCAAGUUCACAGAAAAAGAGUUGCAAGACAACUUCGAUGCUGUAUACGAGGAUCUUUACUGCGAACUGGCCAAGUAUGGGCACUUAUUGGAGUUGCACGUCUGUGACAAUGUUGGAGAUCAUCUUAUAGGCAAUGUCUAUGCUCGCUAUGAGUGGGAAGCUGAAGCACAGGCUGCCGUGGACGAGCUCAAUAGUCGCUGGUAUGCCGGUCGUCCAUUGUAUGCUGAAUUAUCACCAGUCACAGAUUUUCGUGAGGCAUGCUGCCGGCAAAAUGAGAAUGGAGAAUGCAACCGAGGUGGUUUUUGCAACUUCAUGCACCUUCGUCUUGCCUCCAAAGAACUGGUAUCGUCUCUAAAAGCCGGUCAGCGUCUCGAGCGCCGCCUUAACGGUUCAAACAAAAACGAGAGCGCCGGUGGAUGGCAGCCUCCAUCUGAACGGAACGGAGAUACUGAUGACUUGGAUCGUAAGCGUAGAAGAUCAGCAAGCCCUCGCGGACGUGACCGAUACGAUGACAGGGAAUACGGAAGGAAUGACCGUGAUAGCGAUCGAUAUGAUCGCCGCCGUGGAGCGAAUAUAUUAACGCAUUGA